AAAAUGGUAAAACCAAAAAUUUAUGAUGAGUAUGAAGCCCAAAAAGCUGUAAAUGCGGCAAUUGACGAUACUUCGAUUGAAGAUGAUUUUGUUGAUCAAUAUUUUGAAGCUGCUUUGGAAGUGUUGACCGGGAAGGUCCAGGAACGCUCGGCGGCUUCUAAUCACAAUCUGGAUUUGAAACAAUUGGAGGCGCUUUUGAAGUUAGCUAGGAAGAAGCUUGGUAUACCUUUGACUGUUUUUUUAGCAAUAGAGCAAAUUAAUUAG